AUGCCAGUGAUGUCCAAAACAGACCGCCUGCAAGGUCUGCUCGACUUUGCUCGCCAGGCCAAUGAGGUCGAGCAACAUCGCGUCUCGCUCGAGACUUUCCUCGCUGGCAUUCAGCAAGAGGAUGAAGACCUCGAUGAGGCACAGCUGAAGCAGAUUCAGGCAAGCCAACGUAUGCCAAGCCACCUACCUUUGCUAACAGGUCAGCUCACCAUCUACCAAACGCUCCUGGGUCUUUUCAAUACCAGUAUGUAUGACCACGCCAUCUACGAGAACCUUCCUAAACGUAAACCAGAUGAUUCGGUCUCAAAGUCCACUCAAACCUCCGCAACGACAGCCUCACGCGCGACGCAGACCGACGCGGCGACAGACUCCCUUUGGGAUCUAUUGCCUAAAGCUCGCGAAGAAGCCUUCCAGCGCGGCCUCGAUGCUGGAAAAGACGACGGACACAUCCAAGGAAUCAAGGAAGGCCACAGCGCUGGUAUGACGGAAGGCCUGGCUAUCGGGCUCAAGCAGGGGCAAACGGAGGGCUUGAAGACAGGGUUAGAUCAGGGCAAGGAGGUCGACAUGCAACGCGGCAUCGAGAUAGGAAGAAAACUCGGCUAUGCUGAUGGUCUCGCUGAGCGCCUGAGACAAACAAAGGAGAAGAUGAAGAAGCUGGACGAAGAAGACACCAGCAGGCACAUACCACAGGUAGAGGCGACUCGCGAGAAGAUCAUCGUGAAGCUACCUUCAAGGUUACCCGCAAUGGUCAUCAAGGAGGAGAAGGAGGAAGAGGCUAAGCCCAAGCCCAAGCCUAAGCCCAUACCGAUGAUCAAUGGUAUCGACCCAUUUGCGUCACUUUUGGGUCUGGCACGCAGGAAGUAA